AUGUUACCGGACCUGAGAUCAGUAAAGGCGCUAAUAAUCCUGGAUAAUGACGGAUCACGUGUGCUAUCUAAAUAUUACGAUGAUCACUUCGCUUCAUUGAAAGAUAAGCAGGACUUUGAAGCGAACCUCUUCAAGAAGACUUAUCAGACUGAUUUUGAGAUUAUUGCUUGUCAAGGACUCACUGUGUGCUACAAGUCAAGUGUGGACUUGCUGUUCUACGUGAUAGGAUCAAGUGAAGAGAACGAGCUGAUACUAGUUAGUAUACUCACAACCUUCUUUGAUACUGUUAGUCUUAUUGUGAGGAAGAAUGUGGAGAAGAAAGCUGUGUUCGAUAAAAUGGAUUACAUUAUACUGGCUGCUGACGAACUUAUUGAUGAUGGAGUACUGAUGGAGAACGAUUCAGACAGUAUAGCAGGGAGAGUUUACCCCGGACAAGAAAAAGAUAUACCGCUAUCAGAACAGACAAUGACACAAGUGUUACAGAACGCUAGAGAGGGCUUCAAGUGGACCCUUCUCAGAUAAUUAGUUAAUUAGUUGGCAAUUAGUUAAUUAGUUGAUAAUUAGUUAAUUAGUCGGUUAUUGUUUGUUAUUUGAACAAACAGCUGCAUGAUGAGGAUAUUUUCCGUACUUUUUUUGACAAGAACAGUAAACUUCGGGACACUUUUCACAUGUGAUUUCAUCUGACAAUAUAAGAAUUAAGAGGGUUUAAAUUUUAUGAAUUACUGUUUAUUAAAUUAUUUCACUGUAUAGCUUUUAGAAUAAACA